AUGGUUUUCGGUACUGUCUACACUUUUCCUGGCGACCAUCCCCGUACCAUCGCCAUCAAGGCGGUCGCCAAGGCGAAUAGCCUCGAUCUCAAGAUAGUCGAAGAGCCCAGGUCCGCCGAUCAUCUUAAGGUCAGCAAACUCGGCAAGGUUCCUGCAUUUCUCGGCGAGGAUGGCCUUGAGCUCUUCGAGUGCAUUGCCAUUGCCAUCUACAUUACCUCCCAGAACGAUAAGACCACUCUCCUCGGAAAGACUAAACAAGACUAUGCUAACAUUCUGAAAUGGAUGUCCUUUUUCAACUCCGAGAUCAUUAUCCCCAUUGUCGAACAGUAUCUUCCACUUGUGGGCAUCCGCCCCUACAACAAGGAGGCUGUUGAUAAUUUUGGCAAGAUGGCCCAGGCGGCCGUUGAUGUUGUUGAAGAGCACCUGGAGUGCAAGACAUUCCUUGUUGGUGAGGAAAUCACUCUUGCUGACAUCUUCUGCGCCGGUAUCAUCGCCUUCGGCUUCCAAUUCUUCUACGGCAAGGCUUGGCGUCAGGCCAAUCCCAACGUCUCUCGUUGGUUUGAGUACAUUAUCAGCCAGCCCAUCUAUUCUGCUGUUACUGAGAAAUUUGAAUUCCUCGAGGAGCCUAAAAUGACCAACGUUGCCCCCCCAAAAUAUGAGGCUCCCAAGCCUGCCUCCGAGGCUGCCCCUGUCGCUUCUAUGGAGUAG